CAGUGGCCAAAGACAACAUCAGCAAGCAACAAUGAAGUUUCUGGUGCUUGCACUCUUAGUGGCUUUUGCUUGCGCUUCUGAGAUAGAGAAGCGAGAGGCGGAACCAAGUUAUGGAGGAUAUGGCCACAUAAGCUACCAUCAUCGUCCUUCCUAUGGAUAUGGCUAUUCUAAUCACAAUCAUAAACGAUCUGCUGAUCCUGAACCUGAGGCUGAACCUUCCAAUGGCUAUGGCUCUUCUUAUGGGUAUCGGCCAGUCACCUAUGGCUACUCUCACCGCUAUCACAAGAGGUCUGCUGAUCCUGAGCCAGAAGCUGAUCAUUCCUAUGGCUCUUCUUAUGGGUAUCGGCCAGUCGCCUAUGGCUACUCUCACCAUUAUCACAAGAGGUCUGCUGAUCCUGAGCCAGAAGCUGAUCAUUCCUAUGGCUCUUAG